GCUGGCGGACUUGCUUAUGGCCGAAAGGCAGGGACGGACGCAUAGAAAUGGACUUGCCAGUUUGACAGAGUGUUCGUUUUAAGAGAUAACCGUAGUUGCUGAAAUUCGCUUGCCUUGGCCACUUCGAACGGUUUUUUGAAAUGCAAAAAUGUUUUGCAUUUGAUUAAACCAAGACGACAUAAGAAAACCCCCACUCAAAAAUCGUAACAAUAAUAAUGCAAGUGAUUAUAAAAAAUAAACAACGGUACAAUUAACCCUAAUUAAUAAUUAAGAAAGAGGACGAAGGAGAGAAAAAAAAACUAAACAAAUUACUAAAAAUUCUAAGUAAAACCAACAAAAACUAACUAACACUAACACAUACAGUUAUAAAAAAAAACAAACAAACGUCAAAGUCUAUAAAUAACGCUCAAGAGAGAACUAUGCCUGCUCAGACAUCAACAAGAAUGCCGACCCGGCAGGAACAACAACAUCAACAGCAGCAGAGAAAGCCGUCACAUCCGAUUUAUGCCAAUGAAGGUCUAAGUCCCAAGAAAACAGCUUUAAUUAUUGUAACAGUUGUCGGUUGCAUUGCCAUAUUAUGGCCGAAGGUUUUCUAUCCCAUGAUGUUCGGUGGAAGUGCAGUGGCCACAAAUAAGGCCAAUAUGAAAGAACCACAUCGUGGACCUGGAGGUUGUUGUGACGUGGUACUUAACAGGGAGGAAUUUUUCAAUGUUACCUCGACGAAAACUAAAAAGCCAGCAACGGAAGAUCCCGUUGUCUUUGGACCACAGCUAUAUCGUAAAAGUCUAAAUAUUUACACCGGCGAAAUAAGUAUACGACAGGAACGUCCGGCUCAUUUGCAUCCUGACUCGGUUUAUCAGGCUAUGCGAGAACGUGGCCGCGCCAUACCAGCCACACCAACAAUACCCAUUGUUGAGCGUAAAACAUCGCCAAGUAAUCCACCACCACGCAUUGUUGAAGGCAGGCCUGGCCCAAUACCUGGCAUGCGUCCACCCAUGGGUGCGGGUGCAAUGCAUCAGCCACAAGCGAAAGGCAACCAAAGUGUGGGUAUUCUAAUGCCACUGUACACCAUAGGCAUUGUUAUAUUCUUCGGUUAUACUAUCGUUAAGAUAGUCUUCAAGAAGCCAGUACCAAAUGCACCCUAUGGCCCGGCACCUUCAGAUCCCAAUUUCAGAAAAGAUGUAUUCGGACAUGAAAAUGGUAGACAUGUUGAGGAUUUGAAUGGAUCUAAACUGGGAUGGCGAGAACAUCAAACAAGAACUAAAUAUCCUGAUAGCUUACAUCAGCAACAACAACAUCGUAAUAAGGCCAGCGAUUUGUAUAAUGCCACCCUGUCGGGCCAAGCAGCUGCCACUAAUCUAUCGUCAUCUCUGAAACACCAACACCAAAUUCAGGCCCCACCACAAAUUACUACCGCAUCUAAGGAUACGGAAAAAUUAAUGGAAAUCGAGAAACUGCGUAAGAAGUUGGAGGAUACCGAAAAGGCCAUGGCCAAGUUAAUUGCCGAAAUGAAUUCCGAUCAAUAUGAAGCUAAGAAAAAUUCCAACGAAAAUUCGACCACGAACCAACAACAAAAAGAAAACAUUUCCAAUGGGCAUGCAAACAUUCAGGAGACAACAUCAACUGGAGACGAUAGUAAGGUAGACGAAACAGAGCAUAAGAAAUCGGAAGAGGCAACGGACGAUAAGCGUAAGAAGAGAGAAGGAAGUGCUGAUCGAACAGUUUCGGUUCUUGGAAUGGAAGUAACAGCCAGUGUUGAGGGAGGCCACAAAUGGUCUGGUCGUCCUCCAACUCCGGUACUGUCACACCAUCAUGAACAUUCCAAGUCUGAGGAUGACAAGCCAGAACCCCAGUCAAUAUAUUUGGAAGGCUCCUUGGCGCACGAUUCUCAAAUCUUGGUUUCCGAUUCGGAAAUCAAACAGGAAGAAGUUUAUGAUGCUGAACUUAAUGGAUCGGCCGAAGAACCAGCUGUUAUACUGAGUAGUAAAAUGACAUUGUCGCUGAUCAAUCUGGAUAAUAAAACUGAGCUGAAAAAACCAACUAGUCCCGAGGUAGAAAGUCCUUUGGCUGAUGAUAUUGAAAUAAUUGGUCAUGACCUUAACUAAAUAUCGCAAUGGUUGAAAUGUGUGAAAUGGUUUUUAACAAAGAACAACAAAAAAUAUAUAACCCCUGGACAUGAUGAUGUUAUCUGGAAAUUAGGAAAAGAAAACAGAAAACGAUUUAAAACACAAUGACUGAUUUAUGAAAAAUUAAUUGCAAAACAAAAAUUAUGUUGGCCUCCUUUUUUACUAUUUUCACACAGUUAUAUUCGUAGAAAAUGAGAAAAAAAACAAAUAUCCAGUACUUCCGUUAUAAGGAACUUGUGUAAAUGUUGCCAAAUGUUUUUUACUCUGUUUUUUUAUUAUUUUUAUUUCAUUGCAAAGAUCCUGUAUGCAGGGUACAAUUGCGAAGGUAAACAUGUUUCAGGGUUGACGUUAUGAUAUCCCCAAUAAUUUGCCACUUGUCGCCCGCCAAACCUUUUGGUGUAUCCACAAAACGAGGUUGCCAUAUAUUAUUUCUCCAAGAAAAGAGUUUACCUUCUUAAUUGUAUCAUGUUUCUAUGCAUUUUUUAAAUAGUUUGUAGAAUUUUGUUUUUUUUUUUUUUAAUUUUUAUUCAUCAGACUCUGUGUAUGCUCAAAAAAUCUAUAAAACUUUAAUCUAUCGACCCAGAAAUUAUUUCUAAAAGAAAAUGAAUUGUAUGCCAAAUAUUCUUAGUAUUCAACGAGAAUUAAAAUACAAAUUUUAUAAAAAAAACCAAAACUCGUAAAUAAAAAUGAUUAUAUUCUUUAUUGUCCCACUUCCAUUAUUUUGUGCAAAAAUUA